GCUGCAACCAAAUUAGUUUCAAGUUUCCUUGGCUCCUUGCAUCUUUGGUUGCUUUCCAUUUCUUGUUUCUCUGUACUUAAGUAGUAUAAUGGAGGGAGUAGGUGGUACAGCCCCAGAUAACAAGAAACUAGUGACCAUACUCAGCAUCGAUGGGGGAGGAGUUCGAGGCAUUAUUCCAGCAACCAUUCUAGCCUUUCUCGAGUCAGAGCUUCAGAAGCUUGAUGGGGAGCAAGCAAGGAUUGCAGACUACUUUGACUUGAUUGCUGGGACGAGCACCGGAGGGCUCAUCACAGCCAUGCUUACUGCACCAAACCAGAUGCAUCCCCCACGACCACUCUUUGCAGCUGAAUAUAUUAAAGAGUUCUACAAACAAGAAUGCCCCCAUAUCUUUUCUAAUGAAAAAGCCAAGCCUACCACCAAUGAAGGGGUUAGCGAUCAAGAUGAUGCCGAAAAAAAAAAGGAGGAAUCCACAGGAACAGGAUGGUUGGAGUGGAUAAAAAAUUGGAUCAUGGGCAAAACAACUAAGAUUAUUGAGCUUGUAAGUACACCCAAAUACGACGGCAAAUAUCUUCGUGAUAUAAUCAAGGAUAAACUGGACCAAACCCGCUUGGCAAACACUCUAACCUCUGUCUUCAUCCCAAGUUUUGACAUCAAACACGGGAAACCAAUAUUUUUCUCUACCUUUCAGGGGAGAAGAGAUGCGUCCAAGAAUGUACUUGUGUCUGAUGCUGUAAUCAGCACAUCUGCAGCCCCAUAUUAUCUUCCUCCAUAUUAUUUCAAGGACGAAAGUAGUUCCAACGAAUACAACCUUGUGGAUGGUGGCGUCGCUGCCAAUAAUCCUACAUUGCUUGCCAUACGUGAAGCAACAAAGAUGCAUGGAGACCAAGAUGACCCACCAAGGUCUUCAAUAUACUACAGUGGUUACCUGGUUCUAUCUCUGGGUACUGGCACGGCAAAGCUUGGGCAUGAGGUAAAAGGGAAAGCCUGGGGCCUAUCCGAUUGGUUUUUCGGAAACAAAGGAACCGCACCAUUACUAGACAUCCUUUUCAAUGCCAUGGAUGAUAUGGUUCAGAUAUACCUCUCAUUUAUCUUCCAAGGCCACCAUUCCCAAUCCAACUAUCUGCGAAUCCAGGAUGACAACUUGGAUAUCGACGAAUCCUCAAUAGACAAUUCAACACUGAAAUUCCUUUCGAGGCUAGAGGAGAUUGCAAACAACCUUCUCAAGAAACCUGUUCUGAUCACAAACUCUGAGACUGGUCUGCUAGAAGAACCUUCGAUGCCCGAUGGCCGCACUAAUAGAGAUACCUUGAUUGAGUUUGCCCAGAAAUUGUCUACCGAAAGGAAGAGGAAGCUGGAGGAGAAACGGGCAGCGGUCUAAUGAUCCAUUACAACGAAGCACCUGUGGAUUUUCUUCAGCGACUGGUCCAACUAUAAUUAAUUUCUAGUUCACAUAUAUUUAUGAUGAAAUAAUUUAUUAGAUAAUAAUCGGUUUGGUUAUUAUUUAGAUAGAUUAGAGAAUGAGAAAUAAGUUUGGUGCGGUGUUAUUAUGUGUGUUGAUUCUGUAACCCACUCUUUUAUUACAAAUCGAAUAAGUUUGGUGUGGUGUUAUUA